AAACAAUAGCCAGAAGAUAAAUAGCUAGGUAUAUACAAAGUGGGUUCAUAUUAUUGUUUUCUUCUCUUCGUCUCUACAUUAUACUCUCUUGUCUCCUUAGAUCCUUUCUUCUUCCUACCUUUUUGAUUUCUCUUAAUCUAUUGGAAGGUAUUGUUAUGGCGGCUUCGUCGUCGACAUCAUUCUUUGGAAUCAGAGAAGAAAAUCAAAGUCAGAUAACUCAUCAUCUUCAUCCUCAAUCCACAACUACUUCUGCUACUUCCUCAGCUCCUUCAACCAUAGUUCCUCAAAAGAAAAGAAGAAAUCAACCAGGAACCCCAAAUCCAGAUGCAGAAGUGAUAGCACUAUCUCCCAAGACACUAAUGGCAACAAAUAGAUUCAUAUGUGAGGUUUGCAACAAAGGGUUUCAAAGGGAGCAAAAUCUUCAACUUCAUAGAAGAGGACACAAUCUUCCAUGGAAGCUAAAGCAAAAGUCCAACAAAGAGCCAAGGAGAAAGGUUUAUCUGUGUCCUGAGCCAACAUGUGUUCAUCACGAUGCUUCAAGAGCUCUGGGAGAUCUCACUGGGAUUAAAAAGCAUUACUCGCGUAAGCACGGCGAGAAGAAGUGGAAAUGCGAAAAGUGCUCGAAGAAAUAUGCAGUUCAAUCAGAUUGGAAAGCUCAUUCAAAAACUUGUGGUACUAGAGAAUAUAGAUGUGAUUGUGGCACCCUCUUCUCUAGGCGUGACAGUUUCAUCACUCAUAGGGCAUUUUGUGAUGCAUUAGCACAAGAGAGUGUAAUAAGACACCCUAACCCUUUUGGUACUCAUCCACAUUUCCAUGCCACAAACCACAUGACUUUAGGUCAAAUUUCUCAACAAUUGCAACUUCAUCAAAACCAAACAUCAUCCACUAACAACAACAUUCUGCGCCUUGGAUCAUCGGCGCCAAAGUUCGAGCAACACUUAAUCUCAUCGCCACCGUUAAAUCACUCUACUUCAUCAUUUGGACAAUACUCAGUUCCGUCUUCUUCAUCGCCGUUCUUCAAUAUGAGUGACAUUCCAAAUCAAUCCUUUGAAGAACACCAAGGACAAUUCUCAAACAAGCCACAACAACUACAUGGUCUAAUGCAACUUCCUGAUCUUCAAGGAAACGCGACAAGUAAUAACUCGAACAAUCUUUUCAACCUCAUGAGUAAUAUCCAUGAUGAUCAAUUCAACAACAGUCCUCUUAUUAGUGAUCAUCCUCAUCAAUCACUCUUUAUGGUCAAUUCGAAUAUGCAACAACAUGAUCAUCAAAACCAAAACCAAAACCUGUCUAGUCCUCACAUGUCAGCCACUGCAUUGCUUCAGAAAGCUUCUCAAAUUGGUUCAACUAAUUCAACCAACAACAACAAAGGUACUACUACUACAACUACCACAUCUUUUGGAAAUAGAAGUAGUCCAAGUAUGGAACUAAAUGAUCAUAACAACAAUGAUGAACUUCAUGGAUUGAUAAACUCUAUGGCCAAUGGAAAUGGAAACACAUCCUCCUUAUUUGGCAAUGAAAACAACCUUAAUAUAAGGUUUGGUGAAUCUGAUAAGUUAACAUUAGAUUUUCUUGGUGUUGGUGGAAUGGUCAGAAACAUAAGUGGUGCUGGAUUCUCACAAAAUGAACAACAACAACAACAUGCAAUGGCUUCUUUGAAUCAAAACCUAAAAUCAUCUCAGGCUCAGUCAAGUCAACAUUUUGGAAGCUCAAAUUUGAUGCAGUGAAGAAAAAUAAAGGAAAUAUUGCAUUUUACUGUCUCAUAGUGCUUAUUUUAUUUUUGUUUUCAUCAAAACAAGUGUAGUUAAUUGGUAAACUAAUUAAGGUUCCAAAUUCCAAUGUUAUUUUGUUGAACACAUCAUUUUCUCUACACUUAUUCUAUCAUAAUAUGAAUUUGAUGUGAUAGAUAUGUAAUAGUAAAAUUCACUGUUUCAUUGAAUUUCAUGUGUGAGAUUGAGACAA